AUGGCUCUUCCAAUGUCAGACCCCAAUGCAUGGGCCACAGCUAUGAAUAAUCUCAGAAUGGCACCGUUGGGAAUUGCAGGACAACCUAUGCUGCCAGAUUUUGAUCCAGCUCUCGGAAUGAUGACAGGAAUCCCACCAAUCACACCCAUAAUGCCAGGCUUGGGGAUCGUUCCCCCUCCAAUUCCUCCUGACAUGCCAGUGGCCAAGGAGAUAAUACACUGCAAAAGCUGCACUCUUUUCCCACCCAAUCCAAAUCUUCCACCACCUGCAACCCGGGAAAGACCCCCAGGAUGCAAAACAGUCUUUGUAGGAGGUUUGCCAGAGAAUGGAACAGAGCAGAUUAUCGUGGAAGUGUUUGAACAAUGUGGGGAUAUCAUUGCUAUCCGCAAAAGCAAGAAGAAUUUCUGUCACAUUCGCUUUGCUGAAGAAUUCAUGGUGGACAAAGCCCUCUAUCUCUCUGGGUACCGCAUCCGCUUGGGCUCAAGCACUGACAAGAAGGACACUGGCCGCCUCCAUGUGGAUUUCGCCCAGGCCCGAGAUGACUUGUAUGAAUGGGAGUGUAAACAACGCAUGCUGGCCCGGGAAGAGCGCCACCGCCGCCGUAUGGAAGAAGAGCGCUUCCGGCCUCCAUCUCCCCCUCCUGUUGUUCAUUAUUCAGACCAUGAGUGCAGCAUUGUGGCUGAGAAACUGAAAGAUGAUUCCAAAUUCUCUGAAGCAGUGCAGACCCUGCUCACCUGGAUAGAGCGUGGUGAGGUCAACCGCAGAAGCGCCAACAAUUUCUACUCCAUGAUCCAGUCAGCCAACAGCCACAUCCGCCGCCUGGUCAACGAGAAGGCAGCUCAUGAGAAGGGUAUGGAGGAGGCCAAAGAGAAGUUCAAGCAGGCCCUAGCAGGAAUCCUUGUCCAAUUCGAGCAGAUAGUGGCUGUUUACCAUUCUGCCUCCAAACAGAAGGCCUGGGACCAUUUCACCAAAGCCCAGCGCAAGAACAUCAGUGUGUGGUGCAAACAAGCUGAGGAAAUUCGAAACAUUCAUAAUGAUGAACUGAUGGGAAUCAGGAGAGAGGAAGAGAUGGAAAUGUCUGAUGAAGAAAUAGAAGACCCCAAUGAUCCAAAGGAAAAUGAUGACUCGGCCCUAGUGUCUCAGACUGAGGCCUUGAAGGAAGAAAACGAUAGCCUACGUUGGCAGGUUGAUGCCUACCGUAAUGAAGUGGAACUGCUCAAACAGGAGCAAGGCAAGAUGAGCCGGGAUGAGGAUGUCACCAAGGAUCAGCAGCUGAAGCUUCUUCAGCAGGCUCUGCAAGGGAUGCAGCAGCAUCUUCUGAAACUGCAAGAUGAAUAUAAGAGAAAGGAAACAGAGCUCGACAAAGUCAAGGAUGAAAAAAUGCAGCUGGAAAAAUUACUGGAGAACCUACAGGAGCAGGAAAUGACAGAUGAAGAGGACAGGGGAAGAGCUUCAGCUUAUUGGGAAGCCAACGAGUGUAGAGUUUCCAGGAUCUGUGUGUCCAACCAGGAGAAUGACCCACUGGAAAGGACUCCAACUUGUACCCCAGUGAAAUCGGAGAGAGAGGCGCUUUUAGUGGGUAUAAUAUCCACCUUUCUUCAUGUGCACCCAUUUGGAGCAAGUAUUGAAUACAUUUGCUCUUAUCUCCAGCGUCUCGAUACCAAGAUUUGCACCAGCGAAGUCGAAAGUCUCAUGAGCCGCCUUCAGUGCACCUUUAAGCAGGAGAUGACGGGAGUUGGAGCCAGCCUGGAGAAGAGAUGGAAAUUCUGUGGCUUUGAUGGUCUCAAGAUGACUUAA